AUGGACAAGUCACACCGUGCAUCCUUCAACUCCAACUCCAACUCCUCGCAAAUGUUCAUCUUGCCAGGCAGCCCGCCUCCGAAGAGGGAACUCAACUUCUGGGAGCAGCAGCAGCAGCAGAAGCGCCGCAGCACGGCUACAACAUCAGCUGUCGCCUCCACCUCUGCUGCUGCCGCCACCUCCUCCUCAGCCUCAACCUCAGAUCCCUUGAAGGAACAAGGGAUCUUCGUCCAAGAUGAGGAUUCCAGCAUCAUCGUGGGAGACAGUACCCCUCCGACGCAAGCAACUUGGGCGCCGCGACGAGCAGCUCUAACAUCUGUGCCUGCCGCCCCCAAGCAGUCUGUCAAGAGGAGGCUGUUUUUCGACGAGGAUGAGGAGGAGCCUUCCAACAUCCUCACUCAAUCGAAGAAACGUGCGGUGGAAGAGGAUGAGGAGGACAGCUCCAUAAUGACGCUGUUACAGCAGGAGGAGGAUGAAAUUCUCCCCGAGGAGCACUUCCUCACUGUCAUCAAUAGGUACGCCCCGAAACCCUGGACUCCUCUAAGAGAGUUGAUGGAGGGUACGCCUUACCCUAUUGAGGACGUGAGGGAGGUCUGCAAUCAACAUGGACGUCGCGUGGUGCUCAAGAUCCGGCUGUCAGGUCAGAGAACAACAGAUGUUUACAUACCUGAACGUUUCACGCUGAUCUUGACCCCCAAAGACAUCCAAAAUUUUAAAAGUAAAUGUAAAUCAUUGUUACUGUUUGUCAAACAUAUUAAUCAGUACAUGACCGACAUCAACAUUGUCAAAAUGCAUAAAAUUUAAAUCAUGAUAAUUAUAUUACCAUUUAACAUUUUAUGAAUUUUAUUAUUACUUAUUUUGUUAAUAAUCUUGUAACAAAUUUUCGGACUUGACAUUGCAUCGCCUUUCGGCAUAUAUUUUCGG